AUGUCUGCGCCGCCGAAGAAACUUGCCGACUACGGCGCCCCCUACCCUGAGCCCACGCCCGAGCAGCGGCGCUACGUCAUCUUCCUUGACGCGAAGGGCGACGAGGAGGAGGCGGACGACUACAAGCUGCAGCUGAUCCCUGGGCGCGUCUUGGACGUCGACCCCGUCAACGCCCACUCCAUCGAGGGAAGCGUGCAGGAGCGGCUCAUCGCCGGCUGGGGCUACCCCUACUACGUGGUGGAGGCGGGAGCGAUGAGGUCGACGGCGAUGGCGGUGCCGCCGGGCACUCCGCCGGUGCGGCGAUUUGUCGCCUUGGCGGAUAGGCCGUUCAUCCGCUACAACAGCAGGCUGCCGGUGGUGGUGUACGUGCCGGAGCAGCUGGAGCUUCACUACCGCGUGUGGACGCCCAUGUCCCCCGCCGACGAACACGCCGAAGUAGAGUAA